CGGAGGAGGCGAGGAGGAGACGGACUUGUGAGCACCAGCUCGUCCUAAACUCGGUAGCUGCACAUUAGCUACGCGGAUUAACGGCAGCUUUAGAGGUUAUUGCUAUCACACGAUAGCGUUUCCACUCGUUUCUUCGAGUCAUUUCGACGGAGGGGACGGCUGUUUGUCGCACUUUGGAGCGGACUAACGCGCAGGAGGGAGCCUCGUAAAAACGGUUGUUUCCCGAUUGGAGCGGACGGGAGCUGUGGUUGUGGCCGGGUAGCCCCACCGGACUGUCGGGACGAAACCGAGGCUUCCACACGGGAUUUAAUAUAUAUAUAUAUAUAUAUUUUUUUUUUUGAGUAGGUUGGAAAAUGCUCUUUUGAACGCCGCUUUCUUUUUCUAGCUUUUUUUAAAAAAAAAAAAAAAAAAAGCUAACGCGACGCUUGUGUGUGUGUGGAGGAGAAGUUUGAUUGGAGAGCGGAGUGCGCUUGAUUUCAAGUCCGAUGGAUGAUCGCCCUGCCCGGCUGUGGCUCGGAUCUCUGCUCCGCCGGUCUGAAAAUAACAGGUUAAAAGGCACAGGUGAACACGUCUGCUCAUAACAAUGCUGCAGUCCAGCCAAGUACAUGACAGCCCGGGCUUGAAUGCCAACAAGUCGCCCUCUAUUGCUUGUCUGUAAAACCCCUGGAAAUACCACCAACCAUCCCCUCCUCUUCUUCACCUCCCCCCCUCCUCCUCUUCCUCUUCCUCCCUCCUGUUUUUUGGACUAGUACCUGUGAUAUUUUGGAUUUAAGCUCGAUCUUUUGGCAUUUAUUUUUGUUUUUAAAAUGUCAUCUCUGCAGAGACAGUGCUCUCUGGAGCAGCAAGACAUUUAAUUUGACUCAAUCGUUUUGAGAUUUGUUUCUGUUUUUGGGGUGGGGGUGCUUUUUUUUUUUUUUUUUUUUUUUUUUUUUUUUUGUUGUUUUUUCUCUCCUUCUAGUCAGAGGAUCAGAUUCGGAUGGAAAAUGGGAGACGCCACCAAACUGGCCUUCGCCGUUUUCCUCAUCUCCUGCUCUUCAGGUGCCAUCCUGGGACGCUCGGAGACACAGGAGUGCGCCUACUACAACUCCAGCUGGGAGAAGGAGCGCACCAACCACAGCGGCAUCGAGCCCUGCUAUGGCGAUAAAGACAAGCGAAGGCACUGCUUCGCCACGUGGAAGAACGUCUCUGGUACCGUGGAGGUCGUCAAGCAGGGCUGCUGGCUGGACGACGUCAACUGCUACGACAGUAAUGAGUGUGUGGAGAAGAAGGAGAGUCCCGACGUUUUCUUCUGCUGCUGUGAAGGCAACAUGUGCAACGAGAGGUUCCUGUACGCCCCUGAGGCCACCCCACAGACUGACCCGCACCAUUCAACUGCCUACACCACCUCCAACCCAUUUUCCCAGAAGCCCCAGCUCUUCAGCACUCUGCUUUACUCCCUGGUUCCCAUCAUAGGCCUGGCUGCCGUCGUCCUCUUCUCUUUCUGGAUGUGGAGACAUCACAAACUGGCCUACCCGGCUGCCCUCGUCCCCACACAUGAUCCCGGACCCUCACCCCCGUCCCCCAUUUUGGGACACAAACCGCUGCAGCUGAUCGAGGUGAAAGCCAGGGGGCGCUUUGGAUGUGUGUGGAAGGCCCAGCUGCUGAACGAUUACGUGGCCGUGAAGAUCUUCCCCAUCCAGGACAAGCUGUCUUGGCAGAACGAGUAUGAGAUCUACAGCGUGAGCGGCAUGAAGCACGACAACAUCCUCCACUUCAUCGGCGUGGAGAAGAGGAACAACAACCUGGACCUGGAGCUGUGGCUCAUCACCGCCUACCACGACAAGGGUUCGCUGACAGACUACCUGAAGGCCAACGUGGUGUCGUGGAACGAGCUCUGCCACAUCACUCAGACAGCAGCCCGCGGCCUGGCCUACCUCCACGAAGACAUCCCGGGACACAAGGACGGACACAAGCCCUCCAUCGCUCACAGGGACAUCAAGAGUAAGAAUGUGCUGUUGAAGAGUAACCUGACAGCCUGCAUAGCUGACUUUGGCCUUGCCCUGCAGUUUGAAACGGGAAAAUCAGCAGGAGACACACAUGGACAGGUGGGAACGAGGCGCUACAUGGCUCCUGAAGUCCUGGAGGGCGCCAUCAACUUUCAGCGAGACUCCUUCCUUCGUAUCGACAUGUACGCCUUCGGCCUCGUCCUCUGGGAGCUCGCGGCGCGGUGCACGGCCGCUGACGGUCCAGUAGAUGAGUACAUGCUUCCGUUUGAGGAAGAGGUGGGUCAGCAUCCGUCUCUGGAGGACAUGCAGGAGGUUGUCGUUCAUAAGAAACUGAGGCCCUGUCUGCGAGACUGCUGGCAGAAACACGCGGGUCUGGCUAUGCUUUGCGAAACCAUCGAGGACUGCUGGGACCACGAGGCCGAGGCUCGCCUGUCCGCCGGAUGCGUCGAGGAACGCAUCGGCCAAAUGCAGCGUCAAGCCCCCAUCAUCGGCCCAGAGGAGAUCGUCACCGUCGUUACCAUGGUGACCAACGUGGACCUCCCGCCCAAGGAGUCCAGCUUAUGAUCGGCCUAUCGACCGACACCGGAUGAGCUCGCAGAAACACGGAUCAACACGAGGGGAUGAGCAGCCGACCCUGGUUGGUUGGCGACGUUUUUUCUUCUUUCUUUUACGUUUUUAUCUUUUUUUGUUUUUUUGUUCCUUUAAGUGCGGGUCGCUACUCGCGUUCAGGAAACACCCUGCACCCACCUCACCACAUCAGUUGAUAUCCACCUCAUUUUGAUAUGUGUGCCUGAGGAUUUUAACAUUUUAACGGUCGAAACUCUCACAUCCCGAGCGAAAACGAUUCAGGAUAUUAGGACGACAUAACGAUGAGUGAUAGUGCUGAUGUGCUGGGACAAAACACUUUUAUCAUGUAUUGUUUUUAUACACAUACACUCACAUCGGGGGGGGGGGGGACAGGUGGCGACCUCUUCUGCUCGGUUUUCUACGGAGAGAGAAGAUCUGGCAGAGAAAUUUCACAGGACUCUCGGUGGUGCAUUUUAGUGUAAAAAAAAAAAAGAAAAAAGACGAGCACCUGGCUCUGGAUACAUUUGCUGUUUUUCUCGUGUGCGUUUUUUUGAAGAAACGACUAUCGUUCUGCCAAUAAGCAACGGCUUCUGAAUGUUUAUAGUGUAAUGCUGCUGUACAUAGUGUAUUAGGGACCCAGACAACUUGGUAAUCAAGCUUAUUUUAAAGGGGGUGAGGGGGAUGGGGGGGUCCAUUUUCAAGCAUUACGACGAUAAAAAAACCAUAAACCUCCUUCAACCAGGUAUACCUCACUUCAGAUGGACACAGUUUAAAUUAGUCCCUCUCCCUGUUCAGUCAUUGCUCACACUACCCACAAACUUGACAUCCAAACCAACCUGCUGUCAGCCGUGACACUCAUGGGUAUUGUAGUCAGCGAAGCCUCGAUUAUACAUGGCCAUACACACCAUAAACACAAGUGUUUCUCCCUUUUUUUCCCCUCCCUUUUCUCAGUCUCACGUUUUCCUCCACUUUGAUUUUUGACUGAAUAACAACUUUCUCUCCUUUUUUUGUUUAUUUUUUUUCCUCCUUUCAAGAUUUUUAUUCUGAUGAUGGAAAAUAAGCAAACCCCCAUGAUGACGUUGUCGUUUAAAGUGAUUUUCUUUUCCGUUUUUUUUGGUUUGCCGUGUCAAUUGUCAACGGAGUAAUAAUAGGCUAUCUAUCGCUGACAAGCCUAAUUUUGGCCGUGAGAUCUGGGUAUACAGUAUAUGUAUUUAUAUCUCUCUGGAUUAGUGCUGGGUACCAACUAACGAUGCCUUUUGAUGCCUGGUGUCGGUACCAAAUCAGAAGGUAUUCAGGAUUCUCAUAUUCUUCUUGUUCUUAUUAUUUUGUGCGAUCAGUUUAUGUGUGGUCUGAUUCUAUUUAGAAGAAGCUGAUUAACAAAAUAGAUAAUCCGAUGUGUAGAGGUAUCAGAUUUGAGGUGCAGUUGUGAGGAGGUUUUCCCCGGGGGGUACCCAGCCCUACUUUGGAAUAAUACCUGUAUUUAGCUGAGCCAGCUUGCUUUUGAUUUGAUUGCACACAUCUUUUUUGGAUUACUAUCAAGAGUUUUCUGCUCUCUUUUGAUACACCUCAGGAAUCUUUGCUACUCACCACCUCCUCCACCUCCUUCUCUUCAUCCUCACCCGUCUCAGACUGCAGUACCUCCUCUCUCGCUGAUUCUUACGUUUCCUCUCUCUCUCUCUCUCUCUCUUUCUUGCCUCACCUCGACUUGUCAGGGUUUAGCCGUGCCGUCAUGCUCAAAAACAGUGUCUCUAUUGUCUUUAGGAGCAGUCCAGAUCUUAACACCAAGCCCUGACAGUAAGUUCUCAUCUGUUCUUGUCAAACAAUGCCCAUCCAUAUACAGGUGUUUAUGUAUCAUCCCUCUAGAACCAAAUAUCUGGUCUGGCCUUACCCCUUAGAGCUGGUUAGUUUGCCCGUGUUUCCACUUUUGUUAAGUCAAAUGUUGCCCAAACAUUACUCACAAGUCUGGUCACCUAGUUGUUGAGAUUCAGCUUGCCUGUGUUGGUGGACAUCUGGGGGUCAUUUGUCGAGACCUUUCUAUCUCUCUACAAGCAGCUGGAUGUCUUUCUUCAGCGUCAGACACAACCUUCUCGAAGCUUAACAGAUUCAGCAGUUUCACAAGAUAAGGUACAGUUUUAUGUUCCUCACACAGGCCUAAAAUAAAUGGUUUGGGGCUAACCCUAACCCUGCUGACACUAACCAAAAGAUUGCACGGCUAACUGCAGUUAGACGAGUUGAGACGAGGAAUCUCUCUUUCUCUUUCAUCCUGGUGCCAUUUCUACGUAUCCAUAUUAGUUAACUCUUGUAGAUGUCAGGCAAAACGGAUGUAUCUGUCAUUGCUUGCGAAGGCAGCAAUGACAUUUUUGAGUCUUUAUUUCCUCUGAGGGACAUUGAAAAACUGGUGCCGGCAGACCUGCAGUCUCUCCUCAAGCUUUGGACGGUUUCACAGAUGCAGUUUAAAAUCAAGCAUUUUAAGAUUUUGCGGUUGGAAAUACUUCAAACAUUAAGAAACUUCUUUCUUACCAAAUCCAUUUCACAUUCAAGGCAAUACGCAAUUAUUCUUUCUGUAUAACACACUCAGCAUUUUCAGCAAACACCGUAGUAAACACUUUAGUGCUCAAGACACAAGUGAAACACUAACAAAUGAAAUGGUAUUUGUGAUGAUUAUUGGACAGGGGAGUUAAAGAAAACCCUCCCAUUCUGCACUACAUACAGUAAAGUAUAAAAUUAAGCUAAAUAUUUGUUGUGAGCACUUAUUUUAACUACGUUUUUCUAACUGUAUUUCCAAGCUACAGACUUUAUAAAGCCAAACUAACACAAGGCAGUUUUCCACCAAAAUAACUCGAGAACGAGAAGAACUAAAAAGUAAAGAAGCAAGAUUUAGUUUUCCCACUACACCUCUAAAAUGGAGAAGAAUUGGUAAAUCAGGAGGAAGUGACAGUAGAAGUACGACAAGUUUGAGAUUUCAGCAUUUCAAAAGUACUGCAACAACAACGCAAACCUGAAGGAAGUUGAAGCCAUCAUCUUAUUUACUUACUGUAGCAUGAGUACGAUAUCGGUGUUGCUUCCUUUUGCUGCUGCUGUUUUUCAAUCAACUGCUAUUCAAAAAAAAAUAAAAAUAACAGCCAUUAUCACGAUCCUCAUGAAGCAUUAACAGUCAGGGACGAUCAGUACUGCGAACCCCAGCAGCCCUUCAAUAAGUACUACCUCACUCGCAGGGAUUUCUUUGGGGUAGGAAGUGUGGCAAAUAAAAACCAAAACCGUGACCAGGUUCCUCCAGUAGAGAAAGUAUUAAAAGUCCCACGUUCUUUAAAAUAAGGUUCUUGAAGUGGGAGGAAAGUUUCAGUUUGGGGGCUUGUUGCUUGGAGUAAACUCCAAUUUCUCCACCAUAAGUUUGAGAUGACGAGGAAAAAUAAGGCUAAAAAGAAGUCCCUCAUUUUUACUGUGAUGCAGUAUUUCAUUCUGUGAAAAUGUUCCAUAACUGAACAGCAGCAGAAAGCUUCUUAUUUAAAAAAAAAAGAAAAGCAUCCUUGCCAUUUAAACACCAGUAUUACCCCUUUUUUCCCUCCCGAGUAUAUGUCCUCAAAUACAGAACUCACCAGUAUUUCAGCAGCCAAGUGAAUUUUAAAAAACUGCCUCCAAAUGUUGGUUGGUUACCUGCCAAAGUGGCGACAAAACCUAUGGUUGGCGGUCGCAUCCCAGUACUGUAGAUAGAUGGUGGAAAAUGUUUCCAGUGUUUGACGGCUUGACUUUAAACUGCGCUCGAGAAACCGACACCAAACCGACAAAUACCAUUCAGGGAUUCAGUACUAUGCUUUUCUAAGUUUUCGCAAGUUAUAUGCAACCAGUGCCGCAAACUUACCCUACACUUCUGUAGGAUCAGCUGCAGGAGUGACUUUCAAUAUACACACAAACACACACACAAAUAACUUGUAGCAUUUUUUUUUUUUUUUUUUUUUUUUUUUAAAUAUUGCAUAUUAAUAUGUUGUAUUUAUUUUUUAAUUUACAGGCCUGAGGUUUUUGGGGAUCAGAGCUCAGGUGCAACUCAGAAUAAAACUGUCAGAGUUGGCACGAUUUACGGUUGUUGUUGUUCGGGGGGAGGGGGGUGGGAGGGGUUGGGGGGCGAUGGGUGUUCGGUUGUAAUUCAGGAAAUACUUUCAUUAAUUCAAAAAGAAAAGAUAUUAACUGUAACAUGCUUCUUUCUAUUCAGUCUAAUGGACAAAACGACCGAGAAUGAAUGUUCUUCAGACUCCUGGAUUCCAGUAUUGUGUGUACUUUGAUGGAGUGAGCCCGGCCCUGUGUAACUUUUAGAGGGCUUUGCGUUUGGCUGGUUUCGUGUGAUUGUGCCCUGUCGCCGUAGAAACUAGUAAAACCAACGCACGCGGGAGAUCCAUUCAUACACCUCUUGGUUUGACGGUUACCCGCUGAAGAUGGGAACCUACUCUAAAGGGCAGUGAAUUAGCGAGUGGACCUUUUUUAUGGGAAGAUUUUGUGCAUUGUUUGAUUGUUCAAUCCUCUGAGAGCUUUAUAAUGAACUGUCAAAAAGGUACCAUCAUGUUCUGGCCUUCCUGGCCCAGUUUCCAAGACGACACUUUACAUGGACUCCUAAAUCUUCAAGAAGCAUUUCAGUUCAUCCAAAAUAAAUUCCUGGGGGCUGUUUGUCUAAACCUGCAUCCAGAGCACUGGGAGACAAUCUGAAUCUGAUGAUCUGAGCCUCCUCUUCCCCCCUCAGGUCUUGGCUAUCAUAGCAAACCUAUCUCGACUCAACUAUGGUUUAAAAACAUGCUCCGAAAAUGGUCAUUUAAAGGUGUAUGAAUGGGUUGUCUCGGCUUGCAGGCUUUGUGGUUCUCUAUCUCGACUUCCUCCAGCCCAGCACCUCACAUUGCUGUGCAUAUAAACUACCAGUGAAACAUUUGUGUCUUGUUGCCCCCCCCUCCCCCCCCCCACUAUUUUAAGCAGCCUAGGCUCUGUACAGACAUGAGAACAUAAAUACCUGUAUUAACUAUAUACUCUGAGCUGAAUCUUUAUAAGUGCGUGUUGAACUUCAGUGUUUCCUCUACAUUCAUUUAUACUUUUUCUUGUGUGUUGACUCAGCAGCGAGGCCUGGCUGCAUAAAAAUUGUCCUUCACUAUGCGAAAAAAACAAGUAAGUUGAGCUCUUGUGUAAGCUAAAAGCUAGAGGCUCAUUGGAGUACUUUGUACGGUGUCUAAGAAAGCACUUAAGGGUUCUUCAGCAGAAAAUACACGACGAGUGACGAACAUUUCGACCCAGGGCGUUCCUCAGGGAGCCUACGCGGGUCCCCUGAUAGUUGAAUUUUGAAGAAUCCCCAAAGCUCUUUAAGAGCAAUUGCAAUACUCCAUACGUGAUAAUUCAAUCACCCACUACAGGUAUUUCAUUCCAGCAUCUCAAUCUCCUGCUUUUUUCCCCACUGUUGGUAAGAAUUUUAGAGGAAACAUUGAACUCCAAUGACCUCGCCGCCAAGACUGUCUUGGCAGCAGGAUUAGUUUGGUUGCCAGGCCUGAAAUUUCUACAAAAAAAAAACAAAAAACAAAACACUACAAGCAUUUUUGACCCCACAUUUCUCGAGGCUCUCGAGUUACAGCGCUCAUCCAGGAUCUGCCAACGCAGCCUCUAAUGGUAGUGAUGCUCACAUGGUUUCUGGUUUUCAAAGCUGGAAGAAAGUGAUACAUCUGAUCAUUUUUGGUCCUGAAACUUUAGUGGGUUGCAUAUAUAAAAAAAAAAAAAAACAAGUCUCUAAAAUGAUGAAAAUGCCUUGUUUCUUUAUUCCUGAUAAACGUGACUGUACGUUUGAUGUUACUGACAGAAAAUGUGAAAGUAGGACAAGGUCUGGAAUUUCAAACUGGAAAAUGUGUAGGAAGUACAACAAAAGCAUCCCACUAUGUGUUCUUGAGACAGAGUGAGUUUUUGCCAGCUCCAGGGUUUCUCACCCUGACCUCUGACCUCCCAGUGAAGGGACAAGGGAGGAUUGGAGAACAGAGAAUUCUCUUCAGUAAGUAUUAUAGCAGAAAGAACCCGUCAGAAACCCUGGGUACAUUAUCACAGAGGACACUACAUUGAUCCCCGAUCAGCGCUGCGACUCUCGGCUAAUGGUUUUUAUCAGCUGAAGUGAUCCAUGUGAUGUAAAUAAAUGUGUUUUUAGAUUGUGAA